CGGUGUUGCGAACCCCAAAGAACCCAUAAAUAAAACGCAAAAAGCUAGGGGCCUUAAGAAAACAAAAGUGAAUCAUGGCCACGCUAGUGAAGCCCAAGAAGGAGAAGAGCAAAAGAACUCGAAACACAGGGCAGACCCGAAAAGAGGAAGAGGAACAUGCUGAGUUAUCAACAAGUGAAGAACAAAGACGUACGGAAAAUGUUUCGCUGUUGGAGGAGUUUGAACGCGUUGCGGCCUUGGCCAGCAAUUCGAGUGGGGAGGCAAUCGUUAGCCAUGCAUGCAGCAUAUCCAGUGAUGUUCACGAAUCGCCGGUGGAGUCAGUUAUCGAGGAAACCACAGAAACGGAAGCCCAACCCAGUGCCCCAAGUGCACCACACUCAACGACCGUUCCCCACAUCGUUCAGUAUCCCAAUUUGCAGCCCAUGCAACUGUCUAACGCACAAGUAGAGGAGUCCUCCGCAAAGAUUGUGUACCGUCAGGUAGAGUCCCCCACCGGUUUUGCCCUGGCCAGAAGUCACAUUAAACCACUGAGCACACAACAACUUCGGCAAAUUUACGAUUGCCCCGAUCUAGAGCUGGCCAAGCAAUUUGAGCUGGAGUUUCUCAUGAACUCUCUGCUCGAGUCAAGCGAAUCCGAUCCUCUAUAUGCUGCUCUAAUGGAAUAUUACGAACUACAGGGAAAAAUUACUUCCAAUUUGCACGAUGUGGAGAACUUUCGGAAAGGGUGCACGGAGUCACAGAAGCAAAUCUGGGUACGGCAGCCUGUGACACGAACUUUUAGUGCAACCUGUGGAGAUGGAAAUGUCGUACAGGAAAGCGUAACCUACGAUAUAAUCAAGGUGGAUCCAAUUAAACUAGAAGUGGCCCAAACAGCCUUGACGGGCCUAUAUGACCUAGUCUGUCACACUUACACCAACAACCUAAUUACAGCGAAAAUUACCAAAGUUAAGGUGGACCAAAUCAUAAACGAGAUGCUUUCAUAUCCGAAUGCAGAUAGUCAAUCGGUGAUCUCAUUGAACUACUCACAUUCUGGGCAGGCUUUGGAAUGCGUUUCUCAACUAAGGCGCGCCAUCUCCAUACUUUUCAGCUUCAUUCGCAGGCCAAGUCCAAAUGCGAAUUUCGACAAGGACCUUAAAGAAUGGCUGCGCAAACUAAUUGCUCUGCAGCUUUUGUUGGCCACCAGAGAGGAUCAUUGGUUCCUGCUGUUUAACAUCUUGCGCUGCCCCAAUGGUGUCGGUUCCUGGGCCGCACAAUUUAUACAGUUGCCUGGAACAGUAACAAUGGGUAGCGGUUCCCAGCAAAACGAUCUUCCACUGGACCUAAACUCUCCCCAACUUAACCACUGUAUGGCUGUUCUUCAGAUUCUUCUGAUGCCCGUCAAUAAGCGAAAUGAGUAUCUCAAGAGUCAGGCGCAAUCGCAUCAAGAACUUUCAGGUGCUGCGCCAGCGACAGAUCGCUGGAUAGUAGUGGAUUCCGAUGGCGAGGACUCGCAUACACCAGCCGGCGAAUGCAUUGGUUUGAAGGAAAGCGAUCUAAUCGCACUACUUAACCAAUUGCCCUUUGAGAAGAUCUUUAGCUCUGCCAUGCGCAUUGAAAAAUUUCUGGACGACUAUAUUCUCGAGCCAGAUAUGAUCACUGCCCAGCAAAUGCUCGCCGUAGUUGUGUUCUUUUCCCAAUUAGUUAAAACAAUGGGCGAGGGAUUGUUAACCUACAACAACGAGCGAUAUAAGCAGCUGGCAAAACGUCUUGGUCGUUUGGUGCGACACACCCUGCAAUACGUCUUUGAUUACAACGAAUUAUUCAUAAAAAACAACCUUUCCAAAUCACCGGAAAUGUAUGAGCGCAUCCAAGUAGAACUACACGCUUUACUCUUACGCGCUUGUGGGUACAUCUACCGCACUCGAAACCUUGGCACCUGGCAAUACUUUUCCACUUUGCCAUUUGGCACCUUGGAUGCAGAGGUAAUCUGGCACUUGUUUUACUACUUGAAUGUCGGUUUCCCCACGGAUUUGACCAACGAUCUAGUGACCAAUGCCGAGGCUGCAUUUCAAGCGGAAGAUUUCUGGAGGAAAUUUGAUCUGGCGAAUGCCGAUGUAGCGCCGGAGGACAUGUACUAUUUGUUGCAGACCUUUUUUGAAAUGGCUAACGAUCGGAAUCGAUCUAAGGAUGGAGCCCUUGUCAAGGCCAUUUGCCUGCACAUCUUUUACAUUGGAUACAUACACCAGUCCACUCGGGAAAUUUGCUAUAAAACAGCACGAGAUAUGCUGGCAAACUUGAUGGAUGAGGAUCUGUUUGGUUGCCUACUGGUACAACUAAAGAUGCGAUACGGAGAAGUUGAUCAAGCGGCGUAUCUUUUCAAGGCUCUACCAUUGGAAAACUGGCAUCCUAGCAUGGAUAGCUUUGAGGUGCUGUCAAAUUGGCUUCUUCAUUUUGAUUACCAAUCUUCGGAGAAUCAUUUAGCGCGCUUAAUCAUCGGUCACUUGAACUGGGGUUUGGACUGCGAAGGACGUCUUUUCUUGCCCCACAACAUACAUGUUAGAAUGGCUCACCUGGUGAAUGAGGCCCUUAACAAGUACGCCCCUGAGGUUAUCGGAGCCUCGGGUAUUUCUGAAAGCGUACGUCAGGUUUCUUCGUUAAUAGAUUCUACACAAUCGAGUCGAGAAAAGUUCACUAACUGGUGCUGGCGGAUGGUCUCUGUGCUGCGCCUACAUUUAAUGGAUCAAGGCGUGGAGUCUGUGAAACGAACGCUUCAACAUCCUACGGAACCGCUUCUCUUUAUUCCCGAACUCGAGCGAAUGGAGAUAAUCUAUCAGGGCGUAAACGAGAAUCGCCCGUUGGCUCUUUAUGUUGGCAUGCUUGUCAGCCUGCAUGGCCACUCCAUUCCAGUGAUUUGCCAGCACGGAUUUAACCUUCUUCAGCAACUACUCCUGGAUCACCGACAUGCAGCCACAAUUCGCUGCCUGGAGCUGAUUGUUCCAUUGUUUUUGGAAACUCCGGAAACUCUGGCCAAUUGUGAAAGUUUUCAGAGACUUUUGAUCACUCUUUUGAAUGCCGAUAGAACUUAUUUAAAGCUGGCUAAGGACAUGGUAUAUGCCAAUUCUAUUGGACCUAUCUUAGAACUAUUCGACAACAUGUUGCAUCAUCAGAUUGUCUCGUAUACAAAUUAUGGUCUUUGUUCACCGCUUAACCUUCUCAACAUCUGGCUGAAUUGCUUCACCACACUGCCAGGUUGGUCCCAGAACUCGAAUCUUCUUUAUCUGCUCGACAGAAUGCUGCGAAUUUCCUACCAGUUUCCGGACUGUCGCGCCCAGGCUGUUGAAUUCUUCUACAAUUAUUAUAAGGACUGUACAGAUUGGAAAGGAGCGCCCAAGGGAUCUGCUUUGAAGGCCUUUUUCGGCGGACAAUCUCCUUCUCGAAUCCCUUUGAUUUCGCCCCAAAACUGCUGGCUGAAUUUGGUUAUACUUGAGAUUGAGUUUCGUAUGGUGGACACACGCAUCUUUCCAGAGCUCUUGCGACAAAUUUCCGCUCAGCCCGUGGAGACAGCUCUAAAAAAAACCAUCUCCUUAAGCAAAGCUAACGCCUUUCCCGCCAGCCAAUUGGUAAUAUUUAAAUAUGCCCAACUGCUGGCCAGCAUGGACAGCAAUCACGCUUUGUUUCCAAUCGUCUGUCAGAAGUUUUUCGAACUAUAUCUCUGGCGAGUACCAACAGAAAACGAAUCGCUUAAUUUCAGUCACAACUUUGGGGUUUCUGACAAGUUUUACGAAUACAAUGUGCCUUUAAUGAAGAGUAUUAAAUCCCAAUUGAAAUCUGCCGAGUCAUACUACUCCGCUUUGGCAACCAAGUGCGCAAAUGACGAUGCCAUGGCCCACUUCUAUCGCAGCUGCCGCAAGCUGAUGCAAAACUGUGCUCUUUGGCUGGAGGAUACUCAAAUUAAUCGCUUCACCAGCGACGCCGAGCAUCUACCGGCCCAGUAUAAUUCGGAGAAGCUGCGUGAGCUGUUGAGUGGUCAUGUCAACCACUGGACGGAAUUCCUGUGCCUGGCGUCGCUGCGCAAGGAGCAACGACAUCAAGCUGAUCAAUGGGCAAGAAAAGUGAUGAGACUUCCUAACCAAAAAGCUCCUAGAACUCCGGUACAACCAAAGCCGCGACAGCAACCUGCUCAACAUAUUAAGAGUUUACUAAAUAGCUAUGAGAAGAUUGUUAAAAAUCCGAUUCAUGUUCGUGUGGAACCCAUUGAAACGCCGCCAAUAGAUGAAAAUAUUAUGACGCAGCUUAAAAAGAAAUUGAACACAUUCAACUCAACGGCAAACAACUACCAUUAUAAGACAUCGGAAUUGAAUUCACUAAAUCUAAACUAUUUGGAAAGUGUGCCAGCUCUGUAUCAAAUGAUUCCCUACGAAGAGACCAGGCGAAAGGAGUGCACAUCCUUGCUCUUCAAGCGGAGCUGUACGGCCCCUGCGAGUAUCAAACUGACGCCGGAGCAUAUACGAAUCAACGAGGUUAUAUCCCGCAAGCAAACGCAGAAUCGUGAGCGCCAUGAUAAAAUUGUUGAGGAUAUAUUGUUGGCCAUGAAUGUGGAUGGUUUUGCUGAAGCCAUCGAAGAGUUUGGCGUCUGUAUUGGUGCCCUUCUUGUUGCCCCUAUGGAAUCCAGAGUCACACAGAUUGGAGUGAAAGUGUUUUACCACCUGGUAGAGAACCUCAACGAGGUGACAAUGAAAUUCCAGCCAACACAUGACCUGUACUUCCAGGUGCUAGAGAAGCUUGGGGUGUUCCUCCAAGCGGAUCAGGCUGCCCAAGGAUUGGAUGUGCUUCGUCUGGCCCUCAAGCGUCCUGAUCUUUUGGAGCUGUUAGCUGCAGUCUUUGUGCCCAGCCGCACUGAUGUGGAGCACUUCAUACCCAUGUACGAGUUCCUUAUUGACUCUCAUCUCAAACGCUGCGACACACAGACUUUGUUCGUGCUUUUUUCAAAAUUCGACCUAUUGGGGUGGAUGGAGACCUAUCAACCAAAGUUGAGCGAGAUCAACCGUCUACUGAUCUUGGUUUUGCAGGGUCUAGAAGCGUGGUCUCAGCCCGAUAGCAGCCUUCUUCAAGAUCAGUUCCGUAGGCAUCUAGUGCACAUUUUCGGAUACGAUUUCCCGCAGCACUACGGCGAGGUUAUGCAGCUCGUUCUGGACCGCACGUCGGACCAAAAGCUGAUGCCAGUGGUUCUUCUAGACCUGCUGAACGCUUUGUUAGUUCGAUCCAACUGUGCAGAGUUGUCUUCGGAGCAAUCCGAAGUACGGGUCCAUGAAAUCGCCUUGGACUUUGCCCGAUGUCAGAAGUUAUUCACCCUUAAAGCAGCAACAGACACUCUUUUGCUCUUGUCCCGUCAUUUCCAGAAGGAGAGACUCCAUCAUGGACUUCAUGGAUUGUAUCCCAAACACAAGGAUUAUUGUCAGCCGCUGGUCCUAUGGUUCACCUGUUUCGGUCAUACACUUCUAGCCUCGGCCAUUUGCAGCUACCAGGAGCUAUUAGGUGAUCAGAUCAGCGACAUUGUGUUCGGAUCCAUUGUAGAGACCUACGGGCCCUGGCUGAUACCCUAUACCGAAGAGACAGUCAAUGGCGUGGCCCACUGGAUUCGCCAGCUGACUCCCGGACAGAGCAAAGUGCUCUUGCCAUGGAGCGAGCAGCAUGUUAGCAGUAGCAAACAGAUGAUUCGUUCAUUCGUAGCUACAAUACUGCAAGUGCUGCAAUAUCUGCCGUCGUCGAACAAGAUCCUAGAGCACGUAUUCGCCUGGUAUGUUCACCACUUUGCCCAGCCUAACAUGGCGGGCCACGUCUUGGCGCCUAUUCACGAGGGAUUGGCUCAAUUGCCGUGGGAACGUUUUCUGCCGCCGGCACAACAUGUGGAACUUCUUUACGAUAGUCUGCAAAAAUUCCUGCCGGAAUCACACGCAAUGUUGGGUCACAUAUUCAUUCGGAUUGAUUGGAACCUUUGGUUCGCCCAAAUGCCACAUCCGGUUCCCAUUCUGUCUCGACUUUUUGGGAUCUUCGUCAAGAUAGCCUUUGAACCAAAUAUUCACAUUCAUCCCAAUACAAGUAAAAUUCUAGAAGAUGCCAUUCAGUACCCAUGGCACCUAGUGGAAUAUAGCGAGCUGGAACAGAUCCUCAAGUGGUUCGUGGCCAGCGUGGAGCCAGCCAUUGCCCUAAAGCUUCCAACUGAGACGAACUACGCGGAUCGCGCUGUUUUUGAUCUUCUUCGCUUGGCCUGUGCCAUGUUGCCGGAUCGGUCUGCUCACGAUGCCAUCGUCUUGGGUACCGCCAAGAGAAUGCUUUACACUCGAUCUAUGGUCCGCAUGCAGCGCGCUUGUGGAGCCAAACACAAGAAGCUUCUAGCCACUAAGGAGGGAGAGCGUGCCUUUAGUGACGCCUUUUUAGAGCUAUUGAAUAGCAUCGAUCGGGCCAUAAGCAGCUGCAGUGAGCAUCGUACUCCCGAGGAACAGCGAAGGGAAGCGCUCAACCUAAUGCUAGAGCUAGUUGCACCCACUCAGACUCAGAGCCAGGAAGUGUCUAACAUACACAUCAAAGCUCUCGUUUGGUGGCAACAGCGGUGUGCGCCGGGCAACUUGGUCAUGUGCUCCACACUGGCGGCUAUCGGCCACCUAAACACAUACAUCACCAGCAUUUAUGCACUAUUGGAGGCCAGCAUAGAGAACUACUUCCGCAUCUCGUCGGAAGGUGCUCCCUGUCAUGCUCCCAGUUGGCAAGGAUUAAUGGAAGCCCUGAGUAUGUCGCUGCCAAAACUGGAUUUGAUGCCGAUCAUGCAGGGUAGCUACUUCUUCUCACUGCACGUUUUCGUGGUCUACAAGAUGGAGGAGAUUGUAAAGGAUGGCGACAAGGUUACCUUUUUGCAGGACCUCAGUCAGCUGCUGGAAAAUUUGAAAACCAGCCCACUGACUGAACCACAAAUAGCCCUAGUCUGGGGCGUAGUAAUUGCGCGUGGGUGCAAGAUUGCGCAGACCAACCAUCAGGUGAAAAAGCCACUUCACAUGCUGGCCAGGCACUUACAGAUUGCAUCAACAAAAGCCGAGGGUUGGAGCGAUGGUCUGUUAGGCGUGAUUGGUCUAAAAUCGGAGGUUAUUACCAACAGGAGGAAAGUGUUGACACGUUGUUUGGCCUGCGUUAUCUUCUCGCUUUUCCCCGCUAGUCUAGACCUACGUUUGCCAUCAGAGGAAUACGAGAGCGCGCUGCGCGAACUCUCUAUGCUGCUAGCAAACAAGAAGUUCACCGACAUCAAGGCCCUGAUCGUUCGAGCAGUCAACUUGCUCAAGGAACAUACAAUUCCCGAUAUCCGGGCCGUUCCUCAUAUGGUCUGCCGAUUGAUAAGCAUCUUCUAUGACCAGAGCUACCUGACAACCAUUCCAGAGGUCUGGGACUUUGACUUUAAGUUGAUGGCCACGUAGCUUACCGAUCAAGCGACCAAUUCUAAACAGCCUAACAGCCAGUUGUGUUAUUUUCCAGGUGUUAUAUAUCAUCUAACUAGGUUAAGGGUAAAUAAAGUGAUAAAAUUGUUGCAAUUUUCGAAAGUGCAAAGAAAUA